ACAGAAUGAACUUUAUUAAGCGGCUUUUGGCGGACAUCGGUUGACAGCGUUCUCAGCGGUUGGGACCUGUGAAUUGUUCUGGUCUUUCGCUCCCUCAGUGGGUCAGAGUCCACCUCCCUGACGCGAUGCCGAGCAAGAAAAAGAAGUACAACGCUCGUUUCCCGCCGGCAAGAAUCAAGAAGAUUAUGCAGACUGAUGAAGAAAUAGGCAAAGUUGCUGCAGCUGUUCCUGUCAUUAUCUCCCGAGCACUUGAGCUAUUCCUCGAGUCACUGCUGAAGAAAGCUUGUCAGGUGACACAAUCUCGAAGCGCAAAGACCAUGACUACUUCACAUCUGAAACAGUGUAUAGAACUCGAGCAGCAAUUUGAUUUUUUAAAGGAUCUUGUCGCCACUGUCCCAGAUAUGCAGGGCGAGAACGAAGACAAUCACACAGAAGGGGAGAGGAUGCCACGGAGGGGCCGAAAACCAGGGAGCAGUCGAAAAAAUGGAGGUACAGCAAUGAAAGGAAAGGAUAAAAAGCAAUCUGAAACAGACUCUGAGCAAGAGGAGGAUUCUGAAGGCACAGAGACGGAAGGCGAAGAAGAAAUGUCUCCUGCUCCAGCUGCAAAUAUUCAGUCACAAAUCCCAUUUCAAAGUACUCCUCCAGCUCCAUCCUUCCUACAUUUUCAAUCUGUACCUGCAAUGCGCUCGGCCCCUGCUGCUCUGCCCACCAUGCCAGCCCCAUCGCUGCCUGCUGGUUGUGACGAAGAAGAGGAUUAUGACUCGUAGCCUCUGGACAAACCAAUUCAAUUUUCAUUUAUUUGCUUUUGGUUUUGUUCUUUUAUUUGGUUUUUAAAUUGGGCCUGGAGGCCCUGGGGCAUGGGGGGUGGGGGGGUAAAUGUGUUCUUAAGUUUAUUAAAAAAGGAGGUGGAGGAAGC